AUGACGUCCUCCCAGAAUGAUAAGGCACUCGGGGAACUUGCGAGUCUGUUUGAGUCAGAAAAUGGUUCCCAAUCACCAACAAUGGCCCUUGGACAGGACGCGUUCCUCGCUGAGCUAGUGCAGGAUGCGCCGGCGAUAGAACAUCAACACGCUGCUCCUUCGCCCGAAAGAGUCAAAAAGCGACUCUUCAGUGGGGCAGACACAGAGACAGAGGAUGCCUACGAGUCUAAGAGGGUCAAAUUAGACAUGUAUGAGAAGGUGAAUUCAUUUAAUCUCAGACAACGUAUAGACACGUCCGUCAAAAUGAAAAAUUUACGUGCUAUUCCAAAGAAAAAGACAAACGACAAGGGGAAGGGGGAGAAGCCGGAGGAGGUGGGUCAACUGACGGAAGAUGAGCAGUCGGGGGAUGAGCUAACGGAGUGGGAUGUGUUAACGGAGGAUGAACUGCCACCUGAUGACGAGUUGAACAGGUUGCGACAGGAGUUGAAUGAUAAGGAGGAAGAGUUGGCGAGGGCGAAAGCGCGGACCGAGCAUGCGAGGGGGCUUGCGAAGGCCCGGGGGGCUAAGAAGGCUGCGGGGACGGAGGGGGUUGAGGUGGGUGAAGGGGAUGAAGGGGGUGAGAAGGGAGGCAGCAAGAAGAAGGCAGCCAGUAAGAAGAAGUCAGAAAUCGAGAAAAAGGCCCCAAGAUCAGUAGAGGCGUGUAACAUGUGCAAGAUCAAAAAAAUCAGAUGCAGCGCCAAUAGAAUUGCAUGUAAAUCGUGCAGGCAAGCAAACGAACUGUGUUGCUUUACUCACCCUACUACUGGAGAGUCAUUUCUACGCGGAUGGCGCGUAAGUCGAUUUGGAGAUGUAGUAAAGGAGCUGGGGCAGCUGCGCAAAGAAAAUGAGGAAUUACGAAAACAUAGUGAAAUGUUGGAACGGAAAUGUCGGCAGGAUUCAGAAGUCAAGAGCUUACUUGACGAAUGGAGAAGACAGGAGAAAGCGAAAGACGACGCCAGAAUGAAGGCCCGAAAGGAAAGAUUGAAGUACCAAAGGAAAUUUAAAAAGGAGUAUCUGAGAACGAAGGCGGCGGUUAUAGCCAAGGCAAUAGAAACGGAAAAUAAAGAUACGCAGAAACUUGCAGGAACAGGAGCAGGAACACAACAUGAAAAUCAGCCACAGCGCGUUCCAGCAGAUAAUUCUAUGGCCCCAAGUGGAGGCAAUCUGCAAGCCUACCAGCAAAACCCUUUUUCUGAUAUAGAUAGUAGCUAUCCUGAUCCGUAUGGAGGAUUGUCAUCCAUUGUACCUGGAGUCUUCCAGCUCUUCAAGAGCCCAAAACUUUCUCGGACUUCCCUUCUCAGUACAGCCUUGACUUUGCUCUUGACCCUGAACUCACAAAACCUCGCCAACGUAAUCGGCAGCAACCCCGACAGCCCCAACAGCCUCGCACUAGAGGCAGAAACCCCCCCGCUAGGCAGCCUCCACACCCAAGUCAGGGCAUGGGAGAAGCAUCUACGAAACAAAACGUUGAUCCACGGACACAACAAACUGAGCAUGUUAAAGCCAGAGAUGCCAAGGCAGCCAACACACGAACAUCCAGAGCAAGACCUGCCACCGCAGAGUACCAAAAAACAAUUCGAUGACAUCCGCGACUCUGAGUUUUAG